GCCAAACGGCCCGUUGCAGAGCAAGCCUUUGGAGCUGCUGCAAGCCUAUGAGGCGGGGCAGCGCUCGCAAGUCUUCCUUUGGCUGCUUUCCGUGGCCGUGUUUGCCGCAGCGGCGGCCCUUGUGCUUUGGCUCCGCCGCGGCCGGGAUGGGGUCCGUGGCCCGUCGCAGGUGGAGGUAGACCUGGAGGCGGGCGUCGAGCCGUUGCAGGGCCUCGACAACGUCCCGAAUCUCCCGCCCGGCUUGACGGCGGAAGUGGACCUGGAGGCGGGUCGCGACAGCGAUGAGGAGGAUCCAACUGCACGGCUCAGCGGCGAGGAGGCCGAGGAGGACCUGGAGCCUUCCGAG